GAAUGAUAGAGAGAGUGUGAAAGGGGGAGAAAGAGAUUGUGUGCAGCGCUCUCCGCUCAGCUCCACGCAGGACCUAUCAUUACCAGAUGUCACAGUGAGGGUGGCUGCCAGCCGAAUCCCUGCUUAUUGCUUUAAACUCAAACUCUCUGCCUCUUUCUCUUCUUCUCUUUCCUUCUUUUCCCUCUCCCUGUCUCCUGCUCUCUCUCUCCCUCCCCUCCUUCCUUUCCCUUCUCCAUUUCCAGCUGUUUUUUGGAGCACACUGCGAGAACGAGGGGUGCAGUGGGGUGGGCGGGGGGAAGAAGUUCUCCACCAAUUGUUUCGGUCCUGAGAGGAGCUCGGCGGUCGGACCCUCCCUCCGUUUAUCUCUCUCCCCUCUCUUUCCUCUGUCUCUCUUCCUCGGUCUCUCCUCCCCUUGUUGUGACAGAGCACACCUGCUUGAUCUUGGCUGCACGCGUUCUGAGUCUAAUUACCCGAUAGGCCCUCGCAGCCACUUCAGUCUCAUCCCCCCCACUCGACUGGAUUUUUGGGAGUCAAGCUCAUCUCGCACAAUUGUACUCUCUGUCUUCUUCUGAACAGGCUCCCUGCUAGCAGCACCAUGAGGUCAGCCUGUCUCUCUUUGCUCCUGGUCACUGCCUGUUGGGCUCUGCCCUUCCGCCAGUCCGGCUUCCUCGACUUCAUGAUGGAGGAUGAGGCGGGAUCGGGUCGAGAGGCUCUGGAGCGAUCCUUCCCUUCCACGCCUGUAGGACCCAAGUGCCCUUUCAGAUGCCAGUGCCACCUGCGAGUGAUCCAGUGCUCUGACCUCGGUCUGAAGUCAGUUCCUGAGGACAUCCCAGACGACACCACCCUGCUGGACCUGCAGAACAACAAGAUCACUGAGAUCAAGGAGAAUGACUUCAAGAACCUCAAAGGACUCCAUGCUCUGAUCCUGGUGAACAACAAAAUCAGCAUCAUCCACGCCAAGGCCCUCAGCCCUCUGACCAAGCUGCAGCGCCUCUACCUGUCUAAGAACAUGCUGAAGGACAUGCCCGCCAACAUGCCCAAGAGCCUGCAGGAGCUGCGCAUCCACGAGAACGACAUCUCCAAGAUCAAAAAGAACUCCUUCCAGGGCCUGAGCCAUGUCAUCGUCAUGGAGCUCGGGUCCAACCCUCUGAGGAGCGCAGGAAUUGAGGACAGUGCUUUCGCUGACCUGAAAAGGGUCUCCUACAUUCGCAUUGCAGACACGAACAUCACAGAGAUCCCCAAAGGUCUGCCAAGUUCUCUCUCUGAGCUCCACCUGGAUGGAAACAAGAUCUCCAAGGUGACGGCUGGCGGCCUCAAGGGCCUGAAGAACCUGGCUAAGCUGGGUCUGAGUUACAAUGAGAUCAGCUCUGUGGAAAAUGGCACUCUGGCUAACGUCCCCCACCUGCGAGAGCUGCACCUCGACAACAACGCUCUGAUCAGUGUUCCGACUGGCCUGUCCGACCACAAGUACAUCCAGGUGGUCUACCUCCAUGCCAACAAGAUUGCGGCUGUGGGAACUGAGGACUUCUGUCCUCCCGGCCUCAACCACAAGAAGGCCAUGUACUCUGGCAUCAGCCUGUUCAGCAACCCCGUCCCAUACUGGGAAGUCCAGCCCAUCACCUUCCGCUGCGUCUUCGACCGCUCCGCCAUCCAGCUCGGCAACUACAGGAAGAAGUAGAGCGUCCCAUGCAUAGGGAGUGUGUGUGUGUGUGUUUGUAAAUGAGUGUGGGAACGUUUUUUUUUCCAGUUGUGCGUGUUUGACCACAGCCCCGCGACACUGCCCCCCCCCACUAGCGACACUGCCUCCCCACAGACAGUGACGCCAUUAAUCCGCGCACUUAUUCCAAAAUGUUAAUGGCCAAGGACCUCAAAAACACAGCGUAUCAUUUUUCAUUAUUUAGCUUCAAGGUUGGCGCGGCAGUAGUACACACACGGCUUACGGCAAACACCAAGCAUAUACGGCGGUGAUGCUCUCACACACGGCACAUCAUUCAUAGACGCAGUUAUAAGCAAGCAAUUAACACGACAAAUAUGUUCCCGUGCUGUAUUAUUUGCUAUUGAAAUUCAGAGGUGAACCCUAACCAAAAAAGAUUUGAAUCCACACUCAGUGGAAAAUGUUAUUAAUCCCACUUUGAUCAACUUUCCAUCCUUUAGCCAUUGUAUGAAUUAUGAGGAAACUGGCCUGUAGAGCAGGCAGCAAGGGGAUAACUUGUGUUGUACAAUGCCUUCAACAACUGGUAUACUAGAAUGUACUAGAUAUUACCUGUGUACUAGGAAUAGCAUUCAGAGUGUAUUAUUACCACGCUGCACUCUUUGAAAGAACUGAGAGUUUCUAUUUGUAUUGUACUCAAUUCAAGUAGAGAUAAAAGCAACCGUGACUUCUAUCACAUUGUGAUUUCUUGUGCUUACUUCAGUGUUCUGGGUUUAGUUCUGUUUUUGUUUUUUUUAACACUUUUUCUUCAUCGCAUUUCCUCUCGUGUUCUUUUCCUAGUGUGUGUUGUUCCAUUUAAAAAAAAAAAAAAAA